AUGGAAGCUACUAGCAACUACAAGCCGAAUCAAUUCUCAUGUUAUGCUUCCUUGGUUACUGUGCCUAUAUUCACGACACAAGAUAAUCCUUAUCCCAAAGUCUUUAUCGCGGCACACGAUGAGUUUCUUCGCGCUUUUCCAGAAGAAGAGAGAAUUCGCAUAUCCAAAACGCCUCAUAUCGUCCAGAAGCUCUUCCCUAGCGUCUCAAGCUGGAACUCGAUAGUUGCGAUGGCAUGCUGGCUCUCGUACAGUUUAGCAUUUACCUCUAGAUUGAGAACAGCAACCAAAAAUAGCACCCUCUACGGGCUCCUCGAGAUUUUGAAGAUAUUCCAUGAGAACGGCCCAAUUCUGGAGGAUGGCCAAAUGUCCUCCCACGCCGGAGGUGUAUGGAGCCAAAGCGCCAUGCUGAGAGAUUUUAUGAUCUCGCUGCUCCCACUGGAGAUUGUCAGAGUUGUAUUUCGACGCAUCCGUGAGGUAAUCAUGGCAUACAUAGAGGAACAUCUUUUCAGUUCCCCCGGCUCUUACAUUUUAAAGGAUUACCUGGUUAUACGUUGCAAAACCAUCGGCCUCGAACCAUGCUUUGCGAUUUUGGGAUUGGACACAGCACACAUUCCAUUGAAGACCUCUGACUUCUUGUUGGACCAUUUGAAAACUUUGGUCAAUAUCGCCAUCGUCUUGCAAUCUGAUCUCGCAGGUUUGCAGAGGGAUAUAGACCAUGUUGAUUCAAAGAACAUUAUUUUAGCCCCCAGCCGGUCAGAGCGUAAAGCGACUGGCAGUCGAAAACGGGAAAUACAUGAUUACUUCGGCGAAAUAAUGGGGACCAUUUGGCAUCACAAUCGGGCUCAUAGUCUAGCUAUACGAUUUCUUGAAAAGAUAGAAAAGAUCGGCUCUCUCAAGGAGAAGCAGCAAGCUCGGGUUCUGUAUAAGCUGUUCGGGACACACUGGCAUUGGAGAUAUCAGCAGGAAGACUCUAUUCAUGUCCCGAAGUAGCAGUCUUGUCGAGAACGCGACAAUAGUAUCAUACUUUCC